CCCUCCAUUUCCAGAGAGCUCUCUUCCUUCGGCAUAUAAACCUCAGCCUCCCCUCUCCCAGCCCCAUCACUUCAUCACUGACAGAAAAAUCUAACCUUUCUCUGCAAAUCGAUCAAUCCCGAGUUCGCGCGCGACGCACUGCGGUUUGUUUCGUUCAUCUUCGCGUUUGAAGCUUCAUCCGUUCGGGGGGUUCUUCACCGAGCUCAAGCGCUCCACCAGAGAGGUAGUAGAAAUUACAGAUACAGAAAUUCAGUAUGAAUCCCGACAAGUUCACCCACAAGACCAAUGAGGCCCUUGCCGGGGCUCAUGAGCUGGCUAUGGCUGCAGGCCAUGCGCAGUUCACCCCUCUUCACCUUGCCGUUGCUCUGAUCUCCGAUCCCAGUGGCAUCUUCAACCAAGCAAUCAGCAGUGUGGGGGGAGAAGAGACUGCGAAAUCAGUAGAGAGAGUGUUUAACAAAGCAUUGAAGAAGCUCCCUUCGCAGAGUCCGCCUCCGGACGAAGUCCCAGCGAGCACCAGCUUAAUUAAAGCAAUAAGGCGAGCUCAAGCCGCCCAGAAGGCGCGUGGAGACACCCACUUGGCCGUCGAUCAGUUGAUAAUAGGCCUGCUGGAGGAUUCCCAAAUCGGCGAUCUUUUGAAGGAAGCUGGAGUGGGGGCAUCCAGAGUGAAGUCUGAGCUCGAGAAGCUGCGUGGCAAGGAUGGCAAGAAAGUGGAGAGUGCUUCCGGUGACACGAACUUCCAGGCUUUAAAGACUUACGGUCGGGAUCUCGUGGAGCAAGCGGGAAAACUAGAUCCUGUGAUCGGUCGAGAUGAGGAGAUUAGGAGGGUUGUUAGAAUCCUCUCUCGGAGGACGAAGAACAAUCCAGUGCUCAUUGGAGAGCCUGGUGUGGGAAAGACUGCUGUUGUGGAAGGUCUAGCUCAAAGAAUUGUCAACGGGGAUGUGCCAAGCAACCUUGCUGAUGUAAGGCUGAUUGCAUUAGACAUGGGUGCUCUGGUUGCUGGAGCAAAGUAUCGAGGAGAGUUUGAAGAGAGGUUGAAGGCGGUACUGAAAGAAGUUGAAGAAGCUGAAGGAAAAGUGAUACUGUUUAUCGAUGAAAUUCAUCUCGUUCUUGGGGCCGGGCGGACAGAAGGGUCCAUGGAUGCUGCGAACCUGUUCAAGCCGAUGCUUGCAAGAGGACAACUUCGGUGUAUUGGAGCCACGACCCUUGAGGAAUACAGAAAGUAUGUUGAGAAGGAUGCAGCAUUUGAGAGGAGGUUCCAGCAAGUGUAUGUGGCAGAACCUAGCGUUGCCGAUACAAUCAGCAUCCUCCGUGGCUUGAAGGAGAAAUAUGAAGGGCACCAUGGAGUGAGGAUUCAAGAUCGGGCUCUUGUGGUUGCUGCGCAGUUGUCAAGCAGAUACAUAACUGGUCGGCAUCUUCCUGAUAAGGCGAUCGACUUAGUUGAUGAGGCGUGCGCUAAUGUUAGAGUCCAACUUGAUAGUCAGCCUGAAGAGAUCGAUAAUCUAGAGAGGAAGAGAAUGCAGCUGGAGAUUGAACUUCAUGCCCUUGAAAAGGAGAAGGACAAAGCCAGCAAGGCACGGCUAGUUGAGGUCCGGAAAGAGUUGGAUGACUUGAGGGAUAAGCUCCAACCCCUCAUGAUGAAGUACAAGAAGGAGAAGGAAAGAAUUGAUGAGAUCAGGCGGCUAAAGCAGAAGAGGGAGGAGCUGUUGUUCGCCCUGCAAGAGGCUGAAAGAAGAUAUGAUCUUGCUAGAGCUGCAGACUUGCGGUAUGGUGCGAUUCAAGAAGUGGAAUCUGCCAUAGCUCAGCUCGAAGGAAGCACUGAUCAGAACAUAAUGCUGACUGAGACUGUUGGACCUGAGCACAUAGCAGAAGUCGUGAGUCGAUGGACAGGAAUUCCUGUGACAAGGCUCGGGCAGAACGAGAAGGAGAAGCUGAUUGGCCUUGCUGAGAGGCUGCAUCAACGGGUUGUAGGGCAAGAUCAAGCAGUGAGUGCCGUGGCGGAGGCUGUACUGAGGUCGAGAGCAGGGCUGGGGCGGCCACAGCAGCCCACUGGUUCAUUCAUGUUCUUGGGCCCAACUGGUGUGGGCAAAACUGAGCUUGCAAAAGCUCUAGCCGAGCAGCUGUUUGACGACGAGAAUUUGCUGGUUAGGAUUGAUAUGUCAGAAUAUAUGGAGCAACAUUCAGUCGCUCGUUUAAUUGGUGCACCACCUGGCUAUGUUGGACACGAGGAGGGUGGACAGCUGACUGAAGCUGUGAGGAGGAGACCUUACAGCGUCAUCCUAUUCGAUGAAGUUGAGAAGGCUCACCUUUCGGUCUUCAACACUUUGCUACAAGUUCUCGAUGACGGAAGAUUAACUGAUGGCCAGGGUCGAACAGUGGACUUUAGGAACACAGUUAUCAUCAUGACUUCAAACCUUGGGGCUGAGCACCUCUUAUCAGGUCUUAUGGGCAAGUGCUCGAUGCAGGUCGCUCGGGAUCGGGUCAUGCAAGAGGUGAGGAGGCACUUUAGACCCGAGUUGCUAAAUCGGCUCGAUGAGAUAGUUGUGUUCGAUCCUCUAUCGCAUGAUCAACUGAGGAAAGUGGCUCGGUUUCAAAUGAAGGACGUGGCAAGUCGUCUUGCUGAGAGAGGUGUUGCUCUGGCAGUUACUGAUGCUGCCUUGGACUGUGUCUUGGCGGAGAGCUAUGAUCCGGUGUAUGGGGCGAGGCCAAUCAGGAGGUGGCUCGAGAAGAAGGUGGUGACUGAGCUAUCGAGGCUGCUCAUUAGGGAGGAAAUCGACGAGAACUCGACUGUGUAUAUAGACGCGGCGACCAGCGGAAACGACUUGGUGUACCGCAUCGAGAAGAAUGGCGGGCUGGUGAAUGCAGCCACGGGACAGAAGUCUGACAUACUGAUCGAGCUCCCAAACGGGCCGAGGAGUGAUGCAGCCCAGGCCGUGAAGAAGAUGAAGAUCGAGGAGGUAGACGAAGACGAAGAGAUGUGCGACUAAAUCUGCAGGGGUCGGGGUCGGUGCCCUACAGUAAGAAAGAUGAGAAGGCCAUGUGAGGAGGGCUGAUGGUGGCGUAUAGUGUUCCUGUGUUAAUCUUGCUUGAAGUUGUAUUUUGCUUGUGAAGUUGUUCUUUCGGUUCGUCUUGUUAAGAUGUCACGUACCCUGCUAAAUGUGUUAUGCCCCGUCCAUACAUAAUACGUAACUCGACCGAGUUAUGAGUUCGGAUUGAAAAUUCUUCCUAAGACUCCACAUCAGAAGCCCGGUUUUCGAA